ACGUCUUACGCCAGUCACGCUACAACCUUCGUCGUGUCCAGGUGUACGGGCUCCUGAAAAAUCUUACACGUGUACAAUUCGUUCGUAAUUGAACGCAGGCAUUGAUUUUUCGUUAAUUUCAAAGGAGCGAGAAGGAUGUGGUUGUCGAAGACGUUACUCCUACUCAUAUUUCUCGGGCUGACGAGUUCCGAAAAGAACGAGGACGACGUAUCCAUUGAGGAUGAUCUUGCCCGCGCCUUUACACGUUCGGAUACCGGCAAGAUGAUCUUGUCCGGCAUCAGCAGCUUGAUGUCAGGCCAAAAUAAUCAAGGCUUCGAUAUGUCGAUGGUGGGUUCAAUCGUGAGUGCCAUGGCGGCUAACAAUCAUGGUAGGUCGACGAAGGACAUAGAGCAUAGAGAAGAGCAGGGCAUAGACUGGGACAACAUAGUCAGAAUGGGCAGCAUGUUCUUCCAGCAAAACGUUAACAAUGACAUGGUGAUGGGUCUUAUCCCGAUGCUCUUGGAUGCUAUGGGUCAUUCGACUAACGACAACGACGCCGGGAUUAAAGAUCACUCGGGUCACUCGUGGUUCUUGCCGCCCGUAUUGGAGAACAUUCACGUCAUGUGGGAGCAUUUCAGUAAUUCGGAACUUGGACAAAUGUUAUGGAAGAAUAGUGGUCUCUCAAAAAUAAUAGCUCACAUGACAGACGAAAAUGGUAAUAUUCUAUGGGAGAAAAUCCUAGAAAGCUUUGAGAAUCCUAUGUUACGUCGAAGAUGGGUCAAAUCUCUUACGAACUUUGUGGCUGAAUGGAUCUCUCACGUUUCUGACCCAAUGAAUCAGCAGCGUUAUCUCACGACCGCGCAAUUCAUCGGUAAUAGUUUCCUGAAGUCUCAAGGAUUCCCGAAGACGAUGAUGUUCGACGCCACGAAACCAACGGAGAGUCUUUCCAGACUUGCAAACGGAAUAGCUAAGAGAUAUCUGAAUAUGAAGAUCGACACCUCAAAGUACGUAAGGCCAGCGAUAGCGUAUUUCCAGGAAUUAGUAAAUCUGGCUUCUGAAAAGGGCUUCAUCAUGUCCCGAGUAAAUGCACGAGAACUCAGCAAUCGGCUAAGCGAUGUUAUCAACAACGAUCUCAUUUCCCCCAUUCUUAAGUCGUAUCGAGCGUACAAAUGGGCGACCAAAGUGCCGCAUUGUGCUAGUCAAAUUUUGUGUACCAUAAACGAGAAGAGUCAGCAGGACGACAGCAACGAGUCACGCGUACGCAGCGGAUUGCUGAAGGUAGCAAGUUUCCCUGCAGCUUGGGGAGUCAGUCAUAAGUUAGGAAUUAAUUUCUGGUCUCUCUACGGAGCCAUCAUGGAGAACGACGGAUGCAUUAGCAAAUACCCAGCGGACUGCACGGCCUUCCACGAAGAGGAGAUUAGAGUGACUACGGAAAAUAUCCAUAAUGAACUUUAAGUUUAGUUUGCUAGCGAUCUGUGAAAGAUAUUGCCGAA